UUGUGCCAGUGCGCCACUAAUAUACAAAUAGUUUCGCGCCAGACGCCGAUCGUGCCAGACAUACAACUUCUACUGCUAAAAUAAUAUUCAUGUAAUUUUGUGUGAAACGAAUUACAAGUGAGAGCGCGUUAUCUUGAGCGACACGAGAGAGUAAUAAAACAUUGCAAACAUGUCAACAGCUGAUGCAAAUGUAAACAAUAAGACCGAACCGGACACGGACAAAUGUGCUACACAAACUACCGCUAAUAAUGCUAAUAAAUUUCCCGACUGGCUUAAGGCUGAUUUAUUUGUGAAACUGCUCGAACAAAAUGUUCCCGACUUUAAGCAAAUCAAAAGUUUUUCCAUUGAGCCAACACAAGAGGCGGGCGAUAACUAUAGCACGAUUAUGACCUCAGUGCGGCUCGUAGUUGAGUUAAAAACCGGAAACACGCAGCAGGUGUCUUAUAUGUUAAAACUGCCAAUAGAAUGGGUGCAGAACUUGUUGAAGGGUACCAAUGUGUUCGAUGUAGAGACCAUGAUGUAUCAUACUGUCAUACCAGAGCUGGAGAAACUCUAUAGUGAUGCGGGUGUUGAAGUGAAAUUCGGCGCAAAUUAUUAUGAACUCGAAACACCAUCCAAAUACGGUGUUAUACUCAUGGAAGAUUUGCGACUGCUUGGCUGUAGAAAUGCUAAACGCUUAGAAGGUCUCGAUAAAGAACACACCGAAAGGGCAUUGAUAAAGUUGGCGCAAUGGCAUGCUGGCACCGCUACACGCGUAGCGCUCAAAGGUGAAUAUGACAAAGUUGUAAGCACUGGCAUUUUCACCGAAGAAUUCAUAGUAAUGAUGAAAGAUUUGAAUGAGCAAUCAACAAAAUUAUUCAACGAGUGUGUGAGCGCUUUUAACGGUUACGAAGUGUACAAAGAUGCCAUGGAACAAUGUCAGAAAAGAGUGGCUGGCGAUUUUGGGUCCAUGUUGCAGAGCGAUCCAAAUGAAUUUAAUGUACUAAAUCAUGGCGAUUUCUGGGUGAACAAUAUAAUGUUUCAAUAUGAUGCUGCCGGCAAGAUCAAGGAAACUUAUUUCGUCGAUUUUCAAUGUUGCCGUUAUGGCACACCGGUGCAUGAUCUCUAUAAUUUGUUGAUAUCUUCAACGAGCUUGGAAGUCAAGCUGAAACAUUUCGAUUACUUUGUAAAGUAUUAUCAUGAUAAUCUAGUGGAAAAUUUGAAGCUGUUGAAAUAUCCCAAGAAGCUGCCCACCUUGAAGGAUAUUCAUAUAGCGCUUUAUAAAAAUGGUAUUUUUGGUUUAUUUGCUGCUCAUGGUCAUAUGGCUAUUGUGCUUCUCGAACCAAGUCCUGAUGCUACACUGGAAAACUUAAUGGGCACUUCGCCGGAAAGUGUGGAAUUCAAAAAGCGAAUGUAUCUGAGCAAACGAUAUCGAGAACACGCCGAAGUUGUCUUGCCAUGGCUUUAUUAUCGCGGUGCUUUUGAGUAAAACACAUAUGGUAUUUAAGCUGUAAAUACUUUAUACAAACAGUCACAUUCUUACUUACUUAUAUACACACCCAUUUAAUCGGUAUAUUAGUAAUUAUUGUUGAAAAAUGUUGUCUAUACAGACGUGUAUGAUAAAAUGCAAUUUAUUUCACGAUGAGCAAUUAGAAUGGUGGAGAGCUUUUGACUUAAUAAAAUAUUGUGUUUUGUUGUGCAUUGCGACUACGAA